CAUUCAACAGUCCCUCCAAGCAGAGAUCUGCAGACUGGGAAGGAGUCAAACCAGACGAGGGAGUGGGGGUUGGGACGCACGAAGAAUGUUCCAGGCAGAGGGCGGCUGCCAGGCCGACUUAAACCUCCGGCACCUGGGGCCGCCUCCUGCUCCCAGCUUCCUGCAGCCGGCCGCUUCGGGCCCGCGCUCUGCUCGGCCGACCUCCGUCGUGGCAUGGCCCCGAAACGGCAAUCAGCGCCCCUGCCUCAGCCCAAGAAGCCCCGACCCGCCGCUGCCCCAAAGCUGGCCGACUCGUCAGCCUCCCCGGGCUUGCAGAAGGGAGAAAAAGAACAACAAGAAGCAAUUGAACAUAUUGAUGAAGUACAAAAUGAAAUAGACAGACUUAAUGAACAAGCCAGUGAGGAAAUUUUGAAAGUAGAACAGAAAUACAACAAACUCCGCCAACCGUUUUUUCAGAAGAGGUCAGAAUUGAUCGCCAAAAUCCCCAAUUUUUGGGUAACAACAUUUGUCAACCAUCCACAAGUGUCUGCACUGCUUGGGGAGGAGGAUGAAGAGGCGCUGCAUUAUUUGACCAGAGUUGAAGUGACAGAAUUUGAAGAUAUAAAAUCAGGUUACAGAAUAGAUUUUUAUUUUGAUGAAAAUCCUUACUUUGAAAAUAAAGUUCUCUCCAAAGAAUUUCAUCUGAAUGAGAGUGGUGAUCCAUCUUCAAAGUCCACUGAAAUCAAAUGGAAAUCUGGAAAGGAUUUGACGAAACGCUCAAGUCAAACACAGAAUAAAGCCAGCAGGAAGAGACAGCAUGAAGAACCAGAGAGCUUCUUCACCUGGUUCACUGACCAUUCUGAUGCAGGCGCAGAUGAACUAGGAGAGGUCAUCAAGGACGACAUCUGGCCAAACCCCUUGCAGUACUACUUGGUUCCUGAUAUGGAUGAUGAAGAAGGAGAAGGGGAAGAUGAUGAUGAUGAUGAUGAAGAAGAAGAAGGGUUGGAAGAUAUUGAUGAAGAAGGGGACGAGGAUGAAGGUGAAGAAGAUGAAGAUGAUGAGGAAGGAGAGGAAGGAGAGGAGGAUGAAGGAGAAGAUGAUUGAAAGAAAAGAACACUGAUGGAUUCCAACCUUCCUUUUUUUUUAAAUUUUCUUUUUAUUUUUUAAUUUCCUCCAGUCCCUGGGAGCAAGUUGCAGUCCUCCCCUCCCCCGCCCUUCUUGUGCUCAGUCACCCUGUUUUUGAAGUCUCUUUUCUCAACACGAUGGUUCUCAACAUAUUUGGGGGAAAUGACCUUGAGCAGAGUGCAACAGGAAAAGAACCUCUAGUCUUCUGUUCUAAAUUCAUUUUGGUCCCUUCUUGUCUCAAACUGUGGACUCGCCACCACCACCACCACCACCACCGUGCUCUGUGGGAAAAACAACCUCCUGCUCCCUUGACUCUGCUGGAAGCUGGGGGUGCUGGGCCCCUGUGUAGUAGUGCAUAGAAUUCUAGCUUUUUUCCUCCUUUCUCUGUAUAUCGGGCUCAGAGAUUACACUGUGUCUCUAUGUGAAUAUGGACAGUUAGCAUUUACCACCAUGUACCUGUCUACUCUUGUUUAAUAAAAAGAAAAAAAGUAAAAAAAAUGGGUAUAGAAGGUCAGCAAAGGGUGGGUUUGAGAUGUUUGGGUGGGUUAAGUGGGCAUUUUGACAACAUGGCUUCUCCUUUGGCAUGUUAAUUGUGAUGUUUAACAGACAUCUUUUCAGUUUAAAUGACACUUUUAAGAUAAACCUCUCCUCAUGGUGCCCUGAGCCCUGCCACUUAGUGGGAGAAUCAGCAGAACCUGCAGGAUUCUAUUUGGAAUUGACAUUCUCUAUUGUGAUUUUAUUUUUAAUUUUUUUUUGUUUUCACUGGAAAGGAAAGAAGAUGAUGCUCAGUUUUAAACGUUAAAAGUGUACAAGUUGCUUUGUUACAAUAAAACUAAAUGUGUACACAAAAGAUUUGAUGCUUUUCUCUCAGACUAGAUAUGACCUUCCGAGUUUGACUUGUACAAUAUCAUGUCAAACUGUGUCUCCCUAACUCCGUAUUUUUUGAUACGCACUUUGCAGGAUGACCUCAGGGCUAUGUGGAUUAUUGAGCAAAGGGAUCUGAAUCAUGUCUUAAUGUUUCCACAGCCGGGUAACGGGUACACUUUGCUGCCAUGGAGCUGUACCCUUGAUUUUAAAUCUCAGUUUGGCAUUUUUUAAAAUGGACCUUUAGUUACCUGGAUAUUGUAAUCGUACCUGCUACCACCACAGACCUGUUGCUCUGAUGCCAGCUGUAGGUGGGACAGCUGGCUCAGUCUUCACCGGCAGUAUAAACUGUCAAGAGUGAGAAGUCCAUGUUGGAGUUAGGAGGACUUUGUCUCUUAACUCCCAGGUAUGUAGCAAAAGUUACCAGAUGUGACUGUGAAUCUGGGUGGGAAGAAAAAAUGAGCACUGCUCAACCAUUGUGCAGAGAAUGUUAUUUUGGGAAGCCACCUAAUGCAUAAGCUUUUUAAUGCUGUAAAAUAGAGCUGAAAUUAAAUGCCACUUUUUCAGAGAUGAUUAAUGGACAGCCUGGUCAAAUUCAAAGCUUUUUGAUGUGUAAAACUUUAUAAAUGGAACUAUUCCAUCAAUAGGCAAAGUGUAACCAAAAUCUGUCUAGAUGGAUAGUAUGUGAUUUCUGCACAGGUCUCUGUUUAGUAAAUACAUCACUGUAUACCGGUCAGGAAUCUUGCUCCAAUAAAGGAACGUAAAGAUUUUUUUUGGA